CAAUUUGUUACAUGCGCUGAAAUUGCGCUUUUUUGAGCCGUAUCACCUUGGGCAGCGGUUGUAGGUUUUCGUGAAAACAAAAUUGACCGCCGAUUGCGCGGAUAGUAACUGCUAGAAAAUGGACUUUUUUGGCUUUCUUUUUGACAUCAGCCGAAAGAUAUUGAUAUUUCUUCCUUGAAAGCUAAAUUUGUACAUAUAAAAAACAGAAUGAGCUCAUUCUCGAGCUCUUUUUGUUCCACUGUAGCAGCUUCUUCGUCGAGGACGUUUGGGUUGUCGACCGAUACCUUCGCUUGUUGUUGAUAGUGAUGAUGACAGGUGGUAACUGGGCUCUCCUGAGCCCGGAAGGCAAUUUCCACAAGCUCUGUGAACCAAACUUUUUUGUAGGCAGAGAAGAUCAUAUGGAUUUAACCCUGAAGUCAAGAAGUGUGGAUAAACAACAUGCAGUAAUCACAGUGAACACAGAGAAUCGAGAGUACAAGUUGCAUGAUCUUGGAACUUUGAAUGGCACAUUUGUGAAUGAAGUAAGAGUAAAGCAGCAUCCAGUUGAUCUAAAGUUGAGAGACAACAUUCGAUUUGGAUAUGACUCAAACACGUUUCGCGUAGAGCUUUGCCCUCGUAGGAAUGGGCAAGCAUUUUACAACAGUGAAAAGAACCCAGAGAGACAGCACUACCAUAAUGGAAGUGAACAUUCACUGGACACAGCUUGGGAGGCUAACAAAAGCCAGCCUUCAGUUCCUGAAAGAAAACUUUCCAUUCAGUCCACUCAGCAAGUUAAUUCAGAUGAAGAUGAUCGUCGAUCUGGAACUCCAGACCAAGAAAUUCUUAUGUAUCAUGUUAGUAAGGUCUGAUUUAUUAAAACUAAAAUUAACUGAUUGGAAUUUUAGAAUUAUAUUGGCCUCAAGAAGCCUCAUGUGGAAUGUAAAAAUAUUAGCAAGAUAGUGGCUCUGUUGUCUUACAGAGUAUGAAAAUUAAUUUUUAACCUCAUUAUUUGAACCUGUUAUUAGCAGCUCUGAAUCUUAAACAUGUUCAUUUAACGUGAAUGCACAGGGACCUUGAGCUUUCAACUGGCAGAAAAAAUUAUUUUUGUAGUGCACAUAUUGUGUAGACAUUUUUGUUGUUAGAGCAACUUGACGAAAUACAUUACAAGAAGAAUUAACCAGAAGUGCGCUAGCAUUCUAUUAGGUCAGUUCCAUUCUGGCUCAAUUAAUCAUUUAGUUAUGAGGCUACUUUCAAUUGAUAGCUAAGAAUAAAAAUACAGAUCUUGGUUUUUGCUCCUUGGCUAACCAGUACAAGUUUAUUACCCCACCAUGCUGGAUUGAAAAUAAAUAUUAAUGGCUUCCGGGUGGAAUGUGCAAUUGUUUUGUUGCAGCUUGCUGAUGGUCCUCUUCAUACUAGCCUGUGCUGCUGCUCAACACACCACAAACAGUCCAUAUAGACUGUAGUCCAUAGACUGUAGACUGCCUAUGUCACAGAUAUCUAGAACUAUAUCAUGAAUUAUCGCCUAAUUGAUUUUUUUUNU